CUGUCAAUUCCUUCCAAUCCGCCACAGAAAAAAGUUGUUGCCACGUGAAGUGACGCGGAUGGUUUGAGCUCGCUCGCGUUCACGUUUCACGAGUGACUCAGCUGAACUUGAAGCGCACGGGGCGCCUCACCUCAGCCCUGCCCGCUCCUGCAGUCCGGCGGGAGCGCACAUCCAUGGAAGUGGCCGGCUUGUACGAGGAGGGCAGCUUUGCUAUCCACGGCAGAGACGGCAUCAUCAGCCCCGUCGUCGGCGGCUCGUACUGGCGGCUCGGUGACUCGAUGACGGAGCUGGGCAUUGAGGAACGGGAGAGAGCGAUCGACCUGAGCGUUUACCUGGAUCCAGCCUUCCACUGCGCGCAGCUGGCGGCGCAGACGCAGCCGCAGGCGGACGCGUACUCUGACUUUCUGGCGGAGAACAAGAUCAAGAGAGUGUCAGCUCUCCAGAGCUACAGGAACUACUCUUUGCUGGGCGAGCUGGAGUCGAGCCAGUGCGACCCCCGGGAGCCGUACUCGCUGGGUUACUCGGAGCUGCAGGAGACGCGCGCGGACAGCGUCCUGAGCCCCGAGCUGAGCCGCUACAGACCCGCCGCCGCCGCCGCAGACAGAGACGACAACCUGGAAGACGCCAAGAUGGAGAACGGCUCGUCCGGUUUCGAUAUGAGGUCCUACCUUCAUUACCAGUCCACCAGCAGCAGUCUGGGGAACAUCUCCACCGCGUCCUCCACCUGCUCCAGCCCGCCCGGCACACCUGCGCCCUCAGGUAAAGGCAGGUCACCGUCUCACGGCGGCAAGGCGAGCAGCGGGAAGUCUAAAAAACGCCUGGACAAGGACAGCGAAGAGUACAAGCUGAGGAGGGAGCGGAACAACCUCGCCGUGAGGAAGAGCAGGGACAAAGCCAAAAUGCGCAACUUGGAGACGCAACACAAAGUGCUGGAACUGGCCGCGGAGAACGACCGUUUACAGAAGCGCGUGGAGCAGCUGUCCCGGGAGCUGGCCACGCUGCGCAACCUGCUCUCUGCAACUGGACAGUGUUAGGUACCCCCUCCCACGGGAGAAUCCCCCCUGUGCCGCUGCCUCGAGUGGACUGGAGAGCGCACGGUGGUCCAAACGGUACGCAGGUGAAGGCGGCCAUCCCCAGUUUACAAAGGACACUGAAUAAGACUGAACAAGUGGGUGCAUGGAUUGCGCAACCACUCUUUACAUGUCACUGUGGCUUUUUUUCCUCACAUGUAAUGUUUGUGUAUGCAGUAUUUCUGUGCAGGUUUUACAUACAUACCCGUGAAUUUCUACAUUUUUGUGUGUGCGUGUGUGGAUCUGCAGCAAUGGCUGUCAAGGGGGAGAGUUGUGCUGCAGUAAAAUGAUGCAACUCUUUGUAAUAGUAUUGGCAAUGAAUGAAAUAAGUCUAAUUAUUUAAGAUUUAAACAGGUGAAAUGCUUUAAUUGUACUUGACAUUGGAUUAAAUAGAUUUAUACUUUGUUUAAAGGAA